UACAAACUUGAGUUGUAUUUCAGUCUGAUACUCAGUCAGCAGGAAGAUAGCAUGGAGGUUACAGCUCUCUGCUUCAGACUGUUGAUGCUUGAAUUCACUCUGCUGAACAGUUAUACUCAGAAAAUUGAUGCAGCUUUUCUUUGUAUCACUCCAAACAGACUGCAGCUCUCUCAAUUUGACUCUGUUUCUUUUGACUGUGGGGGGUCUGAUGGCUCAACUAAAUUAAGAGGGAUCAGGAACACUGAGGAAUUUGUUCCAGAAUGUGAUAUAAAGAUGCCAACAGGGUCAACCUGCACCAUUGAGAGACUCUAUCCAGCAGACAGUGGAGAAUACUGGUGUGAGACUGAAGGAGUGAGAAGCAACACGGUCAACAUCUCUGUCACUGCUGGUUCAGUGAUCCUGGAGAGUCCUGUCCUUCCUCUGAUGGAGGGAGAAACCGUGACUCUGCGCUGCAGAAACAAGACCUCGUCCACCAACCUUCCAGCUGAUUUCUAUAAAGAUGGCCGCCUCAUGAAGAGCAGUUCUGGAGAAGAGAUGACCAUUAAGAAUGUUUCCAAGUCUGAUGAAGGACUCUACAAGUGCAGCAUCUCUGGAGCUGGAGAAUCACCAGAGAGCUGGCUGGCUGUCGGAGCACCUCACAGAGAGACCUGUCCCUUCCCUGAUCACUUCAGUUAUGUCCUCAUCUUAAGGACUGUGUUCACCAUAGUGAUGGUGGCUCUGCUGCUGCUGGUGGGACUGCUGCACUCUGGGAAACUCAGAGUCAAACACAAAUACCUGAUACUCAUGUACUGUACAGAUGCUGCUGAUAAUUUGAGCCUCUCAGACACAAACCACAUGAGAACAUGUAUGUCUGUAGAAGAGGCGUUCAGGAGCCUCUGUAGAAACAACACAUUAACAGGGUCAUAG